ACAGGGCUUAAACCCUAGCCGACGCCCACCCCUUUCUUCUACUUAAACCCCGCCCCAGCCCGCACACCUCCCCGCCUCCCGCAGCCGUCGUCCCGUCUCCCUGCGAUUUCUCGAGAUACAACAUACAAGCCCACAAACAGGGAGAAGAUGGCAUUUUGCAGCAAACUUGGUGGCUUAAUUAGGCAAGGACUUGUGAGAAAUGGAGUAGCUGGUGGACCAAAUGAAGCUAUGCAUCUUCUUAACUCUGCACGCUAUAUGUCAUCAACAAAACUUUUUGUAGGAGGUCUCUCCUUUGGUACUGAUGACCAAUCCCUUAAGGAGGCAUUUAACAGCUUUGGGAAUGUGGUUGAAGCAAGAGUUAUUACCGAUAGAGACACUGGAAGAUCGAGGGGAUUUGGGUUUGUAAACUUUGAUAGUGAUGCAUCAGCUAGCGAAGCUUUGUCUGGCAUGGAUGGUCAGGAAUUAAAUGGCCGGAACAUUCGGGUAAGCUAUGCUAAUGAUCGACCUAGCGGUGGGCCUCGAGGUGGGUUUGGUGGCGGUUUUGGCGGCAGCGGCGGUUUUGGCGGCAGCGGCGGCUACGGUGGUGGUGGAUCUGCAGGACGGAAUGACUAUUGAGGAAACUUCCUCAUAAAUUAUCAAGAAAUGAUGCUUGGCAAACGACCUUUUAUUUAUAGCAUGCAAACCGAGUAGUGUUAGUCUGCUAGUUACUCUUAUUCCUCGAUCAGUUAUUUUAUGCUUCUAGGUUGUGGAACAUGUGAACUCUUUUGAUCGUUUCGUUGCGGAAAACUUAGCUUCUGUUUUGCAUUAGUAC